AUGAUUCUUGGCAGGAAAGCAGACGACUUCUUUGUCGCCGUCAAGCAUCAUCUGGAUGGAAUCAAGCCUGGCCGACUGGACAGCAGCCUCGAUGUCUUCCAGCAAGCAGCUACAACUCUUGUCGACUUGUCUGGAGAUCUCAAAGGACAGGACCUUGCCCACCUGAUCUACAAUGCCAAGGCAACACUCCUUUUCACACAGAUCUACAUUGUGCUGGCCAUUGUGGUUGGGGCUUUGCUGAUCAGGGNNAGGUUGGGACGAUUUAUCCACCAUGUUCGCAAGAGCUUGAGGAACCUUAGCGAUGUGACCGAAGUUCAGAAGAACAUUCAUUACCAGACUCAAUUCGCUGGUGCGGUUCAUCGCUUUAUCGAAUAUCAGCAUGUGUUACACGAGAAAGAAUAUUCGAAGGACCCACAGGAUGCUGUCUACUUUGUCUACCAUCCUGGAAAUGACUGGCAUGCCUCAUUCCAUGCUGAGGAUGUCGCAGUCAAAGAAUUUGGAGGCGUGUACGACGAUCUUCCAGCACUGAUCGAGCAUUUACGCAAUCUGCGCCAGGACCCGGAGUUCAGUGCCGUCAUCUACAUCUUGCUCCCUUCCGCUCAUCGAUAUGAGUUCACCAUUGAUCUACGCUCUGAUUCAGCUCUUUUACCGCUCAAGAUUCGAGGCCAGAGAGAUUACAGCGGCAAAGCACUUUGUCGUGGUCACAUCAGAGGCAAGCCGCUUGGAGUGGACCUGAAAGAUGUUGAUUCCCUGCCAAAGAAACCAAAACCGUACUGGCCAUUUGUCUGGCCCUUGUUUGGCUUGGUAGUGGUGCUCAUGGUGUCAAUUGCUACCUCAGAGUACCUAGAACAAUGA